AUGUGGGUUUCUUGUGGUUUUAGCUAUGACACCACCUAUGGAUUUGCAUGCAUCAAUUCAGCACAAAAGAACAGGGUCUGUGAAGACUAUCAAGUGAGAUUUACCUGCCCAGCUGAAUUCUGCUCAGGCUGCAGGACCAGAUGGUUUAAUCGGGACAGUCCCAGCGGCAAGGGGGACUACGAGACUUUGCUGCAGCUCCAGGAGGAAUACCCAGGAGAGAUCUGCUCUGAUCUGUGGGGGAUCGAGGCUGUGACCCUCUCCGGAAUCCCAGCCUCACAAACGGGGAACAUCUUCCAAGUGUAAGGGGCUUGGUAUACUAGC